UUCAAUGAUGACAUUUUGUCCAUUGCAGGAGGCAAUACACAAGAUGUGGACCAAACAGCUGUGCAGGAAUGUUGUACUUUGUCACCUGAAGCGAUGGACACGAACACACAGACAUGUCAGGCCCUGGUCACCACUGUCUACUGUCAGGGCUGCAAGCUCGGCGCAUGGCGCUGGGAUUCUGGGCUCGCUACAAGUCACUCACGGGGACCACGUACAUAUCAGGGAUGUAGGACAUGUGGAACAGGUGCUACGGAACAUGGUGGCCGGGGGUAGGGAGAAACUGCAGGUGAUCAGCGACUUUGACCACACGCUGAGCCGCUCCACGUACGAUGGCGUCCGCUGCCCGAUGACCCAUGACCUGGUGAAGGAUUCCCGCUUCAUCUCCGAGUCCGACCAGAAGAAAAUGUGCAAGAUCUGGCAGUACUACUAUCCCAAGGAGAUCUCUACCACCCUGCCUCUGCAAGAGAAAAUCCCGCUCAUGGUCGAGUUCUGGAACAAAAUCCACGACAUCUUCAUCGCGUCCGAUCUCACCCGACAAGCGGUCCGCACGAUCGUGCAGGAAAGCGACACCAGAUUUCGCGACGCCUGCGACGUUUUCGUGAACGUGUUGCGCAAAAACGACAUCCCUUUGCUCGUGUUUUCCGCUGGUGUUGGCGACGUCAUACACGAGAUGUUCGAAAAACACGGCCUGACGAUCCCCAACUGUCACGUCGUCUCCAACUUCCUGACCUUCAAUGAUGCAGGAAAGGUCGUCGGUUUCCGUGACCCCCUGAUCCACAUUUGCAACAAGAACAGGAGCGUUCUUCCAGACCACACCUACUCCUUAAAGCAACAGGAACGGACUAACGUGAUCCUUCUGGGAGAUUCCUUGAACGAUCUACAAAUGGCCGACGGAGUUCCCAACAUGGACCGGAUCCUCACCAUCGGAUUCCUGAGUAGACAUGUAGAGAGACUGCAAGAUUUCACUGAAGCUUUUGACAUAGUUUUGGUGCAAGACGAAACCAUGCAUGUUGCAAAUGCAAUCCUGGGGAAGAUUGUGGGCUCAGAUGGGUAGAGAAAUGAUAAUUCUUGUAGUACGUCAGAAGUUGCACUACUCUUGGAUUCGUACAUUGUGAAUUUUAACACAUAUUUUAAACCAUGUGUAUGGCAUGUCCCUGUAGCUCAACUGGUAGUAGUCUGCCAGUUGAACUCUUGGUUCUAAUUAAUUGGUAACUGGGAAACCCAUCUGGGUUGGGGAUACAUCUGUCUGUUGGAAGGGAUGUAAAAUGUGGUUCCUGUGUUUUAGCAGGCAUCUCAAGCAUGUCAUUGUCUAGC